AUGUCUUCAAAUUGCCUUGAGGAUCAAAAUGAAGAUACUGUUGAUGAACGUGUUCAAGAGGUUUUAGAUAAAAUUACAGAAACCAACAAAAGUGGAACAUCUGAAGAAGAUUUGGAUGAUGAAAAAUUGUUUGAAGAAUUAGAAAACGAUGACUUUGAUCUUACUAAUCUACGUGAAAAACGAAUGGAACAAUUAAAACAAGAAAUGGAAAAACUUAAAGAAAUGCGUCAAAAUGAUCAUGGAUCAUAUGUGGAAAUUGAUAAUGAAAAAGAGAUACUUAAAAUAACUACAUCAACCAAUUUAUGUGUAGUACAUUUUUUUCAUAAAGAUUUUCGAAGAUGUCAAAUAAUGGAUAAACAUCUCAAGAUUAUUACACCACAAAAAAGUUUUACAAUUUAUUCAGACACACCAGAAGAAAAAACAUCAUGGAUAAAUGCUAUUCGUAACACAAAAGAAGAAUUUUUGAGUGCAAAAAGAACAUUGAAAAUUGAUAGUAAUUUUGAUUCGGAAAGAAAAGAUAUAUAUAAAAAAAGAAUUGUAGAAAAUUAUCACGCGCCAAUUUGGGUUCCUGAUUCAGAAGCUGACAAGUGUAUGAAUUGUAGUGAUGAGUUCACAUUGUUUCGAAGAAAACAUCAUUGUAGAGCAUGUGGUAUAGUUAAUUUUGUGAUUUCAGGAUCAAGUGAAAGAGAAGAUCAAUGGGCGAGAGCUUGUGAUCCGUGUUUUUUCACAAUGUUUCCAGAUGCAUUGAGAGACGAGGAUUUAGCACCUGGAAUUCAUGUAUGGAAUCUUACAGGAUCUAACAGAAGUAGUAGUAGUGGUCACGGGAAAGAAAUUAGUAUAGGAAAUGAUAACGAUAAUAAGAUUUCAAGGAGAGAUGUAUCAGGAAGAUCAGGAAUUUUAACAUCGCAAAUUAAAUCUAUUCAUGAAGCAAUUGUUGCUAGACGAUGUGAAUUAUGUAUGAUUGAUUUUAAUAUAUUUCGAUGGAGGAAUGUUUGUAUUAAGUGUAAAAAGAUUGAUUGUCUUACCAAAAAACCCAUUGAUUUAUCUUCAAUUCCAAAAGAUUUUUUAACAAUAUUAAUGGAGGAUCCACAAUUACAACAACAACAAAAUAGGUUUAGUAAUAGGUUUAGCACAGCUAAUAUUAUAAGAUUAUGUGAUUUUUGUUAUUUGGAUAUUGAUCCAAAUAGUGUCUCGGUUAAUGAAGAAAGUGGUGGUGGUUGGGCUGUACAAGGAAAUAUUUCUCCGCCACCAUCACCGUGA